AUGGGUAACGGGUUUCUUAUUCCAAUGGGUAACGAGAUUCUUAUUCCCAUGGGUAACGGGGUUCUUAUGGUUAUGCGUAUCGGGAUUAUUAUUCUAAUGGGUAACGGGAUUCUUAUUCCCAUGGGUAAGGAGAUUCUUAUUCCCAUGGGUAACGGGGUUCUUAUGGUUAUGGGUAUCGGGAUUAUUAUUCUAAUGGGUAUGGGGAUUCUUAAUCUUAUUGGUUACGGGGUUCUUAUUCCCAUGGGUAACGGGAUUCUUAAUCUUAUGGGUAACGGGGUUAUUAUUCCCGUUGGUAACGGGAUUCCUAAUCUUAUUGUUUACGGGGUUCUUAUUCCCAUGGGUAACGGGAUUCUUAAUCUUAUGGGUAACGGGUUUCUUAUUCCCAUGGGUAACGGGAUUCCUAAUUUUAUUGGUUACGGGGUUCCUAUUCCCAUGGGUAACGGGAUUCCUAAUCUUAUUGGUUACGGGGUUCUUAUUCCCAUGGGUAACGGGAUUCCUAAUCGUAUUGGUUACGGGGUUCUUAUUCCCAUGGGUAACGGGAUUCUUAAUCUUAUGGAUAACGGGGUUCUUAUUCCCAUGGGUAACGGGAUUCCUAAUCUUAUUGUUUACGGGGUUCCUAUUCCCAUGGGUAACGGGAUUCCUAAUCUUAUUGGGUACGUGGUUCUUAUUCCUGUGGUUAAUGGGAUUCCCAAUCUUAUUGUUAACGGGGUUCUUAUUCCCAUGGGUAACGAUAUUAUUAUUCCCAUGGGUAACGGGAUUAUUAUUCCCAUGGGUAAUGACCCCGCCUCUUAA